UGGGUCGUUGCAGAAAGAAACCAUUCACAUCCAAAUAUUGAGCCAUCGCAGCAACAACCCGGCAACGGUCAUCGUCAGUGGAAAUCUCCGGCCAUUACGAAUGACAGCGGUCGUGGAAGUCAGGCUCGUCUGUACGCUGACGAGAAUGCACAACAACAGCUCGAAUAUCAACCAGGUGAUCAGCGAUGUGCAUUCGUGAUGUCGUCUUAG